CAACAUUGUGAAAUAAUCCCAGGUUCCAUGGCCCUGCGUGUGCUGGAGAAAAAGGGAGACAUUACCUUGGGGGGACUCUUCUCCCUUCAUGACAUGGUGGUGGAGCACAGUCUGUCCUACACUUCUACGCCUCCUCCUACAAAGUGCACCAGAUUUAACUUCCGGACGUUCCGUUGGAUGCAAACUAUGAUAUUUGCCAUCAAGGAGAUCAACAGAGAUGGCAAACUCCUUCCCAACAUCACACUGGGCUUUAAGAUCUAUGAUUCAUGCAGCACACCGCAUCAGGCUUUGAAGGCUGCGAUGGAGUUGAUGGGGACUGAGACGGGCUCAGGGUUAGAAGGAGUGACUCAGACUAAAGGCUCUUGUCAUGGGACAGUACCAGCAGUGAUAGGAGACGGUGGCUCUACUCAGUCUCUCGUAGUCGCUCGUUUCCUGGGAGUCUUCCAUGUGCCACAGGUUAGUUAUUUCUCCAGCUGUGCUUGUCUCAGUGACAAAAAGGAGUUUCCUGCCUUUUUAAGGACCAUGCCCAGUGACUUCUUCCAGGUGGAUGCACUGGUACAACUUGUCAAGCAUUUUGGCUGGAGUUGGGUGGGUGUGAUCGCAGGGGAUGAUGCCUAUGGCCGAGGUGGGGCAAAUAUCUUUGCCGUUAAGGUUAGAAAGUUGGGGGCUUGUGUUGCCUUCCAUGAGAUCAUCCCUAAGAACCGAGCACAGACUGCAGUUUCAUCCAUUGUCUCCACGAUCCGCUCUUCUGGGGCUCGGGUGAUUCUUGUGUUUGCUGUAGAACAAGAUGCAGCUGCAUUGUUUGAUGAAGCACUCAGAGAGGGUCUCACUGGGAUACAAUGGCUGGCCAGCGAGGCAUGGAGUACAGCUGCAGUCCUCUCUACACCAAAAAAGUACCACCACAUCCUCCAGGGUUCUAUGGGAUUUGCCAUUCGGCAAGCACACAUCUCUGGAUUGCAAGACUUUCUGCUUCGCUUGCACCCCGCAAGCCCAGAUGCCCCCGAUGACCCCUUCCUCGUUCCUUUCUGGGAAGAGGUGUUUCAGUGCAGCCUAAGUUUGCCAGCUGAAGGUCAGGAAAAUAAUGUUGAGAGUAAACCUUCAUGCUCUGGAGCAGAAGAACUAGGGACUGUGACAAACAUCUAUUCAGAUGUGUCGCAGCUAAGGAUUUCCUACAAUGUCUAUAAGGCUGUGUAUGCCAUCGCCCAUGCACUCCACGCAGUGAGAAACUGUGUCCAAGGAUCAGUGCCUUUUCCUCUGCAGGCCUGUCCGGAUGUAGAUAAUAUACAACCAUGGCAGCUCCUUCAUUACUUAAAGCGGAUGAAAUACUUGGACUCCUUCGGUGAUGAGACCAAGUUUGAUGAGAAUGGUGAUCCUGCAGCCAUGUAUGACUUAGUUAACUGGCAGCUGAGACCAAAUGGAGACAUGGAGAUUGUCACUAUUGGCAAAUUUGAUGAGAUGACCAAAAAACAAAGCCUCCAGAUCCGGGAACACAACAUUGUCUGGAAUGGCAACCAAACCAAAGUGCCCUUGUCAGUAUGCAGCAGCAUCUGUCCCCCAGGUACCCGGAAGGCAAUCAGACCUAACUUCCCUAUAUGCUGCCAUGAUUGUGUGGUUUGUACAGCUGGGGAGAUUAGCAAUCAGACUGAUGCCAUAGAGUGUAUGCGCUGCCUGCCAGAGUUCUGGUCCAGUCCUGAGAGGACAGCUUGUAUCCCCAAAGAGGUGGAGUUCCUCUCCUUUAGCGACACUAUGGGCAUCACCCUGAUGGCUAUUUCCCUUAUUGGCUCCUUCUGCACCUGUGUUGUGGUCUUCAUAUUCACCUAUUACAGAACCACUCCAAUUGUCAGGGCCAACAACUCUCAUCUGAGCUUCCUGCUGCUCUUCUCCUUGACUCUGUGUUUCCUUUGCUCUCUGACCUUCAUUGGCCGGCCCUCUCAGUGGUCCUGCAUGCUGCGACAAACUGCGUUCGGAAUCACCUUUGUGCUCUGUAUCUCUUGCAUUCUGGGGAAAACUAUAGUGGUGCUAAUGGCCUUCAAGGCCACACUUCCAGGCAGUAAUGUCAUGAAGUGGUUUGGACCCAAGCAGCAAAAAGCAAUCAUUAUCUUUUGCACACUUAUCCAGAUCAUUAUCUGUACAGUGUGGCUGGUUGUUGCGCCCCCCACUCCACGCCAACUGAUGCCACGAGAGAGUCCGAUUGUCAUUCUCCUGUGUGACGAGGGUUCACCCGAAGCAUUUUCUCUGGUUUUGGGCUACAUCGGCCUGCUGGCCUGCCUCUGCCUUCUCUUGGCCUUCCUGGCAAGGAAACUCCCCGACAACUUCAACGAGGCCAGGCUAAUCACCUUUAGCAUGCUCAUUUUUUGUGCCGUGUGGGUAGCCUUUGUUCCCGCCUACAUCAGCUCUCCGGGGAAGUACUCCACAGUCACGGAGGUGUUUGCUAUAUUGGCCUCCAGUUAUGGAUUGCUGGGCUGCAUCUUUGCACCAAAGUGCUACAUAAUUCUACUGAGGCCAGAGAAGAACACCAGGAAACACUUGACGUCUAAAGUUGUCACUGAGAAAUUUUAG